GACUUUAGAACCAAACUCGACCGUCUGUCAUUUUGAUUCUGCAGUUGACUGGUACCCACACGGUGUAUGCUGUAGUACACGAAAACGCCUUGUACAAUUAGAGUAACCAGUCAGAGAGAAAAAUAACGCGGUGAAUUUGGAAUUGACCAAAAAGCAACUUUUUAACCGGCACAAUGGUGGCGCCAAGCAGUACGCGUGAAAUGUUCUUACAAGCUGUGGAGUGUGAUGAUCGAGAUGAAUUUAUUCGUUUUGUUCAACGCCAUAAUGCCAAAGAUGAUGAUUUCACUAUGGAAGAGCUACUGCCAAGCUUUGCUCGCAAACAGCACGAUCGUAUCUGGACUGGUCUCAGUCAGAUGUGUACAUCAUUACUCCUUAAUUCACCAUUUGAAAAUGAUGAGGAGGUGGCAGGGAACAAGGAUGCAACCCCCUUGACCCAUGCAUGUCUCCAAGGUGUUGUCACUGUGGCUACAGCUUGUCUAGCCAUGGAGAAACCUGUAGUGUCUGACCAUAUGCUGGAAACUGCAAUUAUUCUUCACGGAGUGCUAUUGGAUCUUCCAGAUUGUGCUAGUAAACUGCAGCAAGGGAUUGCCAAGCUUUGUGAAAAGUGGUGGACCAAUGAACAUGCAGGGAGGGAAGAGCUAGUUGCCAAUACCCUGAUGUACUACCUAGUAAGGAGCCUACAGCCUUCAGCUACAGUCGCUGAUGUCAAGAGUGUAGAUAGUCUACGUCAAGCACUACUUCAAAUCAAGAUGGACGAUGACAGUAGUACAACAAUCAAAGACUUGCUGGAGCAGUGUGUUACGAGACCAAACUAUCUCAAGCAAGAUAAGGGUCGUCGUUUUUUGAGUUUUCUCUUCAGUUUGAAUCUAGCCUUUACAGAGAGACUUCAUAAGGCCAUCAAGUCUCAACUACCAUCCUCGCCAAGGGCACAGAUUGACUUCUAUGGUGAAGUAUACUUCAAAGCGUGGAGAGUUGCAACAGGUCCUACUUUAGAGAAACUGGAGGUUUAUUGUAUUCAGGACCUAAUGUACCAUGCUGUACAUGCUUCACGUGUAGGUGCACGAUCCUUGGCCUCAACACUGAGACAGCUCUUGAGUUACUUCACCAAGCAGAAGAGGCAGCAAGGAGUAGAUAAGAUGCUCUUAACUCUGUAUGAACCGAUCAUAUGGAGAGCAGUCAAGGUGGCUAAUGCAAGUGUGCGUGCAAAUGCUGCAGCUCUCCUUGUAGACACAUUUCCUCUUCAAGAUCCUGAAUCAAAUAAGGAAGACUCAGAUGCCCUCACACAGAAGCAGUUUGACAUUCUCCAGGAUCUUCUAGAUGACCCAUGCCCUGUUGUCCGAGUGACCGGUAUUCAUGGUAUAUGCCGUAUUGCCAGUGUGUUCUGGGAAGUCAUACCUUCUCCUACUCUAGAGGGAUUCAUGACUAAGCUUGUUAGAGACAUGGCAUUUGAUGUCAGUACAGCAGAUGUCAGAGUUGCCGUUUUUAAGGGUUUGACAUUCUUGCUGGAUAACCACCUCAGUCACCCGCUGAUGAAAGGCCUGCUCCUUGUCUUCAAAGAUUUCAUCCAUGACUCGUCUGAGAAAGUACGCGUUGCCUUUGUUGAUCUGUUGAUCAAGGUGAAAGGACUCAGAACCAUAAAGUACUGGCAUAUAGUUCCUAUGGAGAAUCUCCUUGCCCAGCUCGUUCAAGAUUCUACCCCUGUAGCUCGCCGCUUGGUCUCUCUGCUCUUCAAUUCACUCCAGCCAUCAGCUAAGACUGGAGAGGUACAGAUUGAGCGGUGCAUAGCUCUGAUUCAGACCAACCCAGCUGCAGCCAGGGUGUUUUAUCAGUACGCACCAAGGCACAUGUCAGUCACUACUGCAGGUGAGUUUCUUAUGCUUCUUGGUCAAUGUGUCCUCGGCUGUGUCAGGCGAGCUCAACCCACCAACGGCCGGGCCCGUGCUGAGGCUGAGGAUGGGACUGGAGAGGAGAAAGAGAAUGAAGCUAGUCCUGGAGACGAGGAGGAUGAGGAAGAAACUCUGACAAUUCAAGAUACAGACGUCAUGGAAGGUAUGCUGGAGAUCAUAGCUGUCCUCUGGACUGGGAUUUCUGAUCAGCUAGCUAAGCCUGAAAAUCAGACCACAAAGAAGAAACUUGUGAGUAGAUUCAGCAAAGCUCUGCCAGAGUUCCUGACAGCAUUCCAGGAGGGUAGAGCCCUGUCUGCUGUCCUGGUCAUAGCUGGUUAUGUGCCGUCAUCCUCCAUCCCAACAUUCAGCCGUGGCUGCCUGACAACACUAAAGAACAUGUCCCCCUGUGCCACCUCUAAUGACUAUGCACCCCUACUGGAAUGUCUUGUGUCCUGGGGUCAUGGGUCAAGUGUGCUGGAGCUCAUCUCUGACUGGUUGGUGGCUAUACUUAAGACUAGCCCAAAAGGAAAAAAGAAAUCUAGGAAAGUCAGCUUCAAUGAGCCAGUCCAGCCCAAGCCGACCCUUUCUCUGAUGUACCUUGACUGGCUCUUAUCGCAUUAUCCAACUCUCUCUGCCCUGCUGACAGAAAGCGUUGAUAAAUUGCAAGAUCUCACCUCUAUUCUCAAAAACACUCUGGUUUGUCUAGAGCAGCGUCUGAUGACCCCUGACCUAUUGAAUGACCUCUUGACCGAUGAGGUCAUGGUUAAAUCACUAGAAAUGCAUUGCAGGCUUAGCAUCCAUCUAGCAACACGUACCUCGGGUCAAGAUCAAACCCUUAACCGAGAUGCAGUAAACUUCCUGAGUGAGCUUAUUGCUUGGGCAGAUAGGGAGAUACUCCCCAUGAUACACAGGGUGACAGACCCAGGGGAGGAUGAGUCUGAUGGCCCUGCCGCUAAGAGGACUACGUCAAGUCUAUCAGAGAAGACAUUACUGGAUCUUGGAAAGAAAGUCCUCCAGGUUAUCCUGAGCAUGAGUAGUGAGACCAUCAUGCUAGGGAUCACUGAUAGAGAAUUCCAAUCUGGUGUGGUCGACUUCUGCCAGCUGCUUCUCAGAACAGAUCAUGGUAUGGAGUUCCUACCAAUGACCACGAGGCUUCUAUACCAGAUGGGUCAGCAGGAUCUUAACAGGAGCCUGAUGCCAGACAUAGAUGCCAUGAUGGGGGAUACAAUGCCUUCUCUUCUAGUAGAUGUCAUUAAGACAUUGGCAAGAAGGAACCAGGAGGUCUCAGAGGAAAACAAGAAGGACAUUGAUGAGGCGCUGUCUGAGAUCAAACCAGCAGUGAGGGAAGUCCUUCAUUGCUACCACCAGAAGCAGACAGUCAUCGGAACUGAGAGUCAGGAGAUAAUGGCAUCCAUCCUUACGGCGGUGCUAGAUGAGAUCACUCGUCAUGUACAAGGUGCAGGCCUUGACCGAUGCGAGAAUGUCGCUGAGUUACCAACGCUGUCUUCCUUCCUUCUUGGAUUGAUCGCAAGAACUAAAUCCAUGCUCGGUUCAUUUGUGUUACAAAUGGAACAGUCUACAUCAUCUGGCUCUGUUAAGUCAACAGAGGGCCUCCUAGCUACUCUACAUGUGCUACAUGCCAUCAGUAAAGGGCCGAAGAAGGUGGAAGGAAUUAAGACAUGUUUGUCAGCCGUGAGUACAAGGUUGGCAGAGCUAGAAAGGAUUAACCAAGAAGGAUCUGAAGAUGCAGAGCUAGACACUGUAUCCGAUACUACACUGUUGCAGGAAGCCGCUGUGAUGGCCCAAGAUCUGACAAAAGCCAUUGGAGGAGUGGCAUAGUGUUCCUGUAUACCUCUCCUGCUAAACUUCCACUUCUCAAUGAUUUCAAAAUGUCUAAAUCUGGGACCUAAUGGUACAACUUAAUGAUGCAAUUUUUUUCGUAACAAACAUAGCUAUUUGAAAAUGUAUACCGAUUAUUAUUGUAAUUAUGAUUAUUGCUUAGUUACUUUUUUUAACAGAAAAUAUUUUUGCUCCGAACAAAAUAACUUGAUAUACAUUUAGAAUUUAGAUGAUUUCAUCUUUAUUUUAAAAUAAAAUGAAGUUCCCGAAAUAAAGACAAAGGUACAAAUCUUAAAGACAGUAGACACUAUUGGUAAUUGUCAAAGACCAGUCUUCUCACUUGGUGUAUCUAAACAUAUG